CUAUAUUGAAAUAAAUAAAACAUGGACAAUACAGAAUUGUUAUUCUUUGAUACAUUUUCACAUGACAUUUCUGAGGAACUUAAUUUAGAUUUAGUACAAUUUCCAAAACCAGUUUAUAUCAGUGAAGUUAGAAUUAUCCCAUUAGGUGCUAGAGUACAAGCAGACUUUCCUGGAGGUGUUCGCUUAGGAGCAACAAACCCAUCUCAAUUUGAAAUUGAAUUUUUUGUAAAUGAUUUAAGUAAACCUGGUGCCUCUACAUUCGAAUCUCUUGGAGAGUUGGAAUAUAAACAAAAUAUUCACAUUCAAUUAGAAUGUGAGAGAAAACAAAUACCAACAGAUGGAUUGGUAUUAAGAGGCUGGUAUACUACCAUUACAUUAGCAGUAUAUGGAACAUUAACAAAAUCUUUGAAUAACCCACAAGAAGUUGUCAGUUCAGCUGCUGGUUCUUCAGCUUGUGUAAGUGGACUGGAAGAAGCUGUAGAAAAUACUACUCAAAUUUCAGAACAGCAGUCUGAGUGGUACUAUGAAAAUCAAGCACAAACAAAUUCAAAUGAAACAUGUGUAGCAGCAACACCUCCACCUCCUAUACAACCAAUUCAAAUAGUAGAAUCAUCAAGAAAUUCAACCUCAGAUACUGGAAAGACAGAAGUGGGACAUUGGGAAGAAGAUGCAACAAAUAGUACUUUAAAAUCUACAAAACGUCCUUCUUCACCACCCUCUGAAUCUUUAGUGUCCUUAAGUCCUGAAUCUAUAUCAGCUGAAGAGGAAGAAGGAGAACAAGAUGGAGGUGAACAAGAAACAGGAGAGCCAUUUGAGCCUAUAUUAUCUGAUGAAGAUAUAAUGACAGAUGAUAUACCACCUACUACAGAGUAUGAGUGCGAAAAUGUACAGUUAAAUGAUAUUUAUUCUUUAACUCCCCCUGAUCUGCUGGAGUUAGAAGAAUCAAUGAAUGUUACUGAAGAAUACCAUAUUAGUAAGGAAAUGCUGGACAAGAUACAUGAAAUAUUUCAGUCUUUAUCAAAAUCAGUUUUACAUUUUAAUAAUGCAUCAGGUCAAGAAAAAGAAACAUUUGUUCACAAUUGUGAAUCUUUAUGCGCGAUACUUAGUCCUUUUCACUUGAGUAACACGGAUUUUAAUGAUUUGACUAAUAUUGUGAAUGCUGGUUUAGAUAUGGAUCUUGCUCGUGCUCAACCACAACCAGUUUACAAAGUUCGUCAUGUCAAAGUGGGUGUACGAUUAGCAGAAACGUUAUGUAAACUUCCACAAGGUCCAGAUAUAUUAUUAAAAGUAGAUGCACCUUAUAAAUUAUUAGCAUUGUGCAUGCGCGAAAAUGUAGCACUUCCCGUGAAGCUUUCUGCACUUCGAACGUUGGAUGCUGCAUUGAUAAGUCCAAUAAUUGUUCAAGAGUUUCUUAAAUCAAAGAGCAAUCUGUAUAAAAAUGCUUUAAUGAUGUUGGACACAGCAAAACUAGCAAGAUUGAAGUAUGCUUUAAGUUCAUUACUACGAAAAGUACACACAUAUGAAUUUCUUGACGAAAUGAAAGAACUUGAUGAAUUGGCUAUUACUGAAUUAACAAAUACAUAUAUAUGUUCACCUACAUUAAUGGCUCAACCAAAACGUCAACUGCCAGCUGGUGCUCAAAUGGAAUUUGAACGAGAACAUAAUCGAAAUCCUCGAUGUCAUUUAAUAGCAUAUUUUGAACAUCAUAAAUUGUUGUAUCAUAUUCUAUUUGCACUUACUUCUCCAAAAUCGGAUAUAAAUUUGAUUAAAGCUACACGCCGUUUCCUUUUACGUCUUUCCGAUACAAAAGAAGGUUUAUUAUAUUUACUAAAAGAACCGGAAGUUACCAAAUUAAUUCUGAAAGCUUUAAAAUGUGAAUUGCCUGGAGCAGGAUCGGUUUUAGCUUGGCGACUUCAAGUUGUACAAUGUCUAUUACGUUUAAAAUAUCAAUCUUCUGAUUGGAUGGCUUUAAAAAAACUUCAUUCUUUCUUAAUAUUUCCUGAAGGUUUACAAGCUAUAAUAACAGUUCUUCCUACAGGAGAAUUUAUUGAUAUUUUAAUUCCUUAUCUUUCUGAUCCAAAUCUCUGUGAAUUUUCUGCGGAAAUUAUAUCAGCAACAAUUCGUUAUUCUGAUCGAAUAGAAGUAUUUCAAAAUCGUGCUGCAAUUAUUUUAGAAAAGUCACGAAUUCAAGCUGUAUUAAAAGAUAUUACAUUGUAUUUAACUACAGCUGCACAACCAUCUCAUUGGAAUUACGGAGAUGUUUCUCCACUUGUUGCGUGUAUUAGAAAAAGUGCAGACAAAGCUGCAUCACUUCCAGGACAAUUAAUUACAGCAUGUAGAAUUUUAUAUUAUCUUGUUUUUCCUUCGAAUAAUGACGUGGAUCCAAUGGAACCUUACAUUGAAUUAAAGUAUAGAAAUGCAUUGACUCAAUUAUUUGCUGCUGAUGGUUUAACAGCUCUUAUUGCAGUUAUGGCAAAUAUAUCGGAAUUUUAUGAACAGCCAUUUUUGCAUCGUGCUGCUUUAACAGGUAGAAGGGGUUUAGCUUUAGUUGCAUUACUUCUUCCAUGUGUAAGAUUAACAAGGGCAUUAUUAGAACGUCUUGUAAAAUGCAUGGCUACGGAUUUCAAAGAUUUGACAGCUGUAGUACCACUACUUGGUGUUUAUUCAUUAGUUGAAGCCAUUCCUCCCAUUCGAAUUGUUCAAACUUUAUCUGAAGAAAUAGUAGGAACUCUUUUAGUAUUUACACAGGCUGUGGACUCAGAUGGAUCAGGAAAUGUAGCAAAAUCAUUGUGGACACAAAUGUUAGGUGAAGUUCUCAAGAUGGUUUCUCUAAGCCCAUGUAACUUUAUACCUGGCUUAAAACUUCUAACUAGAUUGCUACCACCUGUUUUGACUUUGAAAGAAACAAUGACUGAAGAUGCUAUUCGAGUUCUAGGUCUUAGAAAAUUAUGGUCAGCUCACUUGCAGGCUCAAGCUAAUAAUUUAACUGAAACGUUGCGAUUACUUUGUGCUAGUUGGAAUAAGGAUUUAUUAGUUCUUCUUUCAAAAGUAUGUAAGCAAUUAAGUGAUUUAGCAGCUCCUACAGCAUUACUUGUAGGCAGAUGUUUAUUAGAUGGUAUAAUAGCUGCCACGCCACUAGAAAAUAAUGUUUUAAUUCUUGCUUUACUUAGUGAACUUACAAGGCAUGCACCUAUGAAAGCUACUUUGUUAACAUUAACUAGUCCUGCAUCUAGAGCACAAGUUAAAUCUGAUCAAAAGUAUCCACCUGUUAUUGAAAUGAUGUGUAUAGCGCUUAAAAAUACAAACGAAAUUAGAAUGCAAUAUGAAAUUCUUGAUAUCUUUGAAACAUUGUGUGAUUGUACACUAAGUCUUAUGCAAGAAGAUACUACUGAACCCUUUGAAAAAAGACUUACACAUUCAGUACCAAGUAAAGAACCACUUUUAUCUAUUCUGGCUGCAUUAAUUGAUAUAUUGGCAACUAGUACAAAAUUUGAGCCAGAGAUACUACAAAGUACACUUCGCAUACUAUUAUCUCUUAUUAGUCAUAAUUAUGGUUUAUAUCAUGUGAAAAGUUGUUUAGAAAAUAAUCCUGAUGCAUUACGAUCGUUAUUAGAACAUAUUUCUGCCUUAGAAGAUCCAGAAGCUCAAUCUGUUGUGGAUUUAACUAUAAUAUUUUUAGAAAAUUUAAUUGCCUCUGAAUCACAAGGAAGAUCUUUAUAUCUACGUGUACAACAACUAGCAGCUCUAAUAUUAUGGGACAAGAAUGACCAUCCUUUGGAAAAGAUAAAAAAUGCACAAGAAUUACUUGAAAUUUUUAAAUCUGCUGAAGAUAAGGAAGAAAAGGAACCUAUUCCAGAAAUGUUAGAACCAUUAUUACCAACUCCUGAAGCUUUAUUAAAUCAGUUUUCUCAGCGUUGCUUAGGAACCCCAGACCUUACUUCUAAACGUCCGAAAAAAUUUACAUUUAUGUCUCCAAAUCAAGCGUCAAAUGAAAAUACAGUGGACUUAUUAACGCUUGCAGCUGAACUGCUUCCAGCUGAUUUUAAUUUAUUAACAGAAGCUCAAAAUUUGUGUUCUAAAACACCACCUGAUGAUGCAACUCAACCAUUACAAUCAAAAACUCAAACUGAUGAUCAAGAAACUAGAGAUGUUCAGAAACAAUCAACAUCUCCCGUUUCUAAAGUGAAACAACCAUUUGUUACGCCCAUGCGGGGUCGAACACAAUUUACCAGUUCUUUAAGAGGUGGUCCAGUGGUAGGAAGUGUAGGUAGAGGAGCGGAUCCGUUUAGAUCAAGACCACCAAACACUUCACGGCCACCAUCUCUUCACGUAGAUGAUUUUGUAGCAUUAGAAACAUGUGGAGCACAACCAACUGGACCUACAGGUUAUAAUAAACUUAGUAUUCGCGGAACGUGUCCCUCACGCACAAUCAACACAGGAACCAGAAGCCGCCCUUGGACACAAGAAACUCGACCUCCUUAUCUUCGCUAG